UUUUGUUCGGAACAUUUAAUAAAAAAUGUUGACUGGAGAAACUCGUAAGUGUUAGUCGGCUAUUAUAAUGGAUAAAAUAAAUUCGAAACAACAGGAAUUAAAUAGCGAAACGUAAUAAUUUAAUGACGAAAUUUCUAAUGUCAUCAAUAAACCACAGGAUUUUACCAGUAUGAGGUUGUUGAGUUUUGAUUGAGAUCAUGAAUCGAUGAAUGUCAGACCACCAUUGAAAACCUGUAAGCAGUGAAUGGCCGUUUCAUCCUAGUUUGGGACUCCUUAGCAAUGCGCGUCUGCAAUUGCGCACCUGGGAUUCAAACCGAGGACUUUCAGCCCCGCGCGAGCGCAUGACCUCUAAAUCACUGAGCCUCCAUUCAACGGUGUUGUCUAAUUUCAGCCCGUCCACAAAAUUGCGAGGCCAUCUAGUAUUUUAAUAAUGCUCCAAAUCGGUAAUUUCAUAUAAAUAGUUUGAUCGACUCACUGAAGAGUAGAAAACCGUAAAUAAUUCAAAAUGUAUUGGCAAAAAAUAUUCUAAUGUAAAAUAUAUACACCUGAUAUUUGAAACAUAUUCUAAGAAUUAGCUCGUUGUCAAAGAGUUCAUUUAAUGUCACUUUAUGCUAAACUUCCAAUUAUUUCUCGUAAAUAUUUACACUACUUAUGAGUAACAUGUUCCAAAAUCAAUUUUAUGAUGAUCACUGUUAUUUACUUUAAACGUAUUAUAGUAGUUCAUUUACAAUUGAUAUAAUCAGUUUUUAAUGACGAUCUUUUGUUUCUUACGUAACUAUAACUCUAAGAUAUUUUUUAAGGAUUUAAUCACAAUUAUGCUAACCAAAUUUGUAACAAUACACUGAUUUUACUGUUCAUUAUCCCCUAACUCCUUUUGGAAAUAUAAUUAUUGUGCAAAAAUGAUAUAUAGUUGUAAACAAAUAUCCAAUCAAAAUAAUAUAUUUCCUAAUAAUGAAUAUUUCACAAAUAUAAAUAGAUCAGGCAGGUACUUAUAGUAUCAAUAAUCAUUGUAGUUGUAUGAAUUUCAAGUAUCAUCCAACUUAUUGUUUAAUUAAAUUUCAAAACAGUGUCAUUUGAGAAAUUGAUCACCAAAGUAUUCAUCACAGAUAAAUUAAAAUCUUGGCUUCACAGUCCGAAUUCAUACAUAUAGUUAAGAAGAAUAAAAUUUUUCAAAUCUAAAUAAGAAUGUUGUCAUUUUUAUGUUUUACAAUUAAAUUAUAAACGCUUGCGCGCGAGACUGAUAUGUCCUGGGUUCGAGUCUCACGAGGAGGGAUAGUGGAUGUGCACUGCUGAGGAGUCCCACAAUAGGACGACACGGCCAUCCAAUGCUUCCAGGUUUUUCAUGGUAGUCUAGCUUCAAUUGGCUCACGAUUUUAACUAUCUAAAUUAUAAUCAUUAACAAAAGUGAUUAAAGAGACAAGAUAAAUUAUUGAUUAAAUGAAGUGUCUUAUUAUAAUUUAUAAUAUAUCACUGGUUCAAUAUUUUUCUUACUAUAUUUUUUAAACAUGUUUAUACAUGACUACUAUUCAUAAUGAUUUGAUAAAGGACUACUCAAAACUAAAUAUGAUUAUAAAUAAAAGUAAUUAUCUGGAAUAUUAUUCCAGACAACACAAUGUUGAUUCUAAUAAUAAUAAUAAUAAUAAUAAUAAUAAUAAUAAUAAUAAUAAUAAUAAUAAUAAUAAUAAUAAUCUGACUAAUAUUUGGCUCAAAAACAAAUAAACAAGUUGUGAUAGAAUCAUUGGAUGAUAGUGUAUGGAUGGAUAUUCAUUUGUAUAUGCUGUAAAUAGAAAUAUUAUAGUAAUAUGUAGGAAAAGAAGUAAAGAAAACAGAAUAACUAAAUCUAUUGAUUAACAGACUUCCAUUUGUUUAAGUUAAAAUAUCGAAAUACUUUUAAUUCUUUUUUUAACAUAAACUAUAUUUGUCUGUUUUCCCAGUAGUUCUUUAAACGAUCUUAGAUUAUGACAAUUGUAAUCUUUAAAUCGAACUAAUCUCUAUAAAUUACCCAAUUAAUGAGUAAAAAAGUUCACUGUUUUACAUUAGAUUCUUUUGAUCGUUUUUUAUGAAUGCAUACUGUUGGUUUUAUUUAUUAAUCUUUUUGGAAAAGAAGUGCAUUUAGUAAGUUUAUCUAAAUAGUCAUAUAUUUAUGGUGUUAAAAUGAAUGGUAGUAAUAAUUUUGAUAAGUCUUGCUAAGCUAUUCUCGUAACCUUCAAGCUAGAACUACACAGCGACCUGAACACGAGCGAAAAGGCACUAAAUGUAUUAGAAGCACUUUACUCCGAAGGUUUGUUCUCGUACAAAAAAUAUAGGGUUUUAUAGUAUUUUAGAUGUUCUUGAGUUUCACGAACAUUCUGCAAUGCUACUAAACAUAGUCAGAGUAUAGUAAUCAACCAAUCAGAAACUCUAAAUGUGACUUUUCACUUUCUUGAUGUUUCUGGCUAAACUUCAAGUGAACGCUGAUUGGAUGAAAUGCGUCUUAGAGUUUCCUGAUCCUUUUUUGUCUUUUGCGAGAUGUUUUCUGGAUCACCCCAAUAAAUUUAAAAUGUAAAGUGAUAAAUUUAUUAAAUGUUUUAACAUAGCUUCCAUCACAUGGUGAGAUCAGCCAGAUAAUUAUUGAGUUUUGAGUAAUAUAGAAGGUCUACUCUAUCUGAUUCAGAAGAAGUUCCUACGAAUAUUUUCUCCAUUACAACUGAGUUCAAUUGUUUAAAUGUCUGUGUGUUUAGUAAGUGAAGUCUACAGGUAAUUACAAGGAAACUCAAAAACUAAUGAAAUACUGUUUUAAGAUUUCGAAUUUUAAGUGAUUGUUCAAAUAAUGUUGGUAUGGAUCUAAUUCACGCUUGAAUGUCAUUAUUAUUAAUGUUUUCACCGUUAACAUUGAGCCUAGUAAAGGUGUGCGUUAGCCCUAGUUACCAUACCUCUUGAGUUCAACGAGAUGAAAAUACUGUGAUUGCAAUUAUGUAAUAGUAAUUAUAAUAAAAACAUUUAACAGUGGGAAUAUAGCUCUAAAAGACUCAAGGAAGCUCUAAGAAGCUCGGAAAAAGUCGGAGAUAUUCCACCCAAUCAUCCUUUGGAAGAACGUUCCGGAAUCUCGAUGUGUAACUUCCCGAUUGGACAAAUGUUAAAAGCCACUGCACGUGGAUUGGAUGCCCGUAAUAAUGAUUAAAUUUUUACUAAGAACUAUAAAUACCUGCGUGUUUUGUGCCAUAUUUGAUACUAUUUGGAAUAAGAUUUCUUCUCGCUAGUCUUCUGUCUUCUAACUUGAGACUUGGAGGGUUCAGGCGUUCUAGUGCUCAAUUUGCACGCGGUAUAGCAAGAGUCUAAGUUUUAGAUAUAACAUCAACUAAUAUUGUAUCUGACGACUUAGUAGCAUAACUACCCUCCGAAGUUUUAUGUCUAAACUGAAAUUUUACACCUAGAGGGAAAUUAUAUGAAAUAUAACUUUGACUGUAUUUAUCACCUUAAUGAUGUAGAAGAUAUGCGUAAAUUUGUUUUCUCUAUUAGUCUAUAUCAUGGACCGAGAUGAGUUAAACAAACAUAGAAAUCUAGGGAAAACAAGGGAUUUGUUAUUUUCAUUCCUCAUCAUGAAUGGAUCAGUUUUUCUAUAGAUUCUUACAAACCGCUUUUUGAACGAUGUUUACCGUCAAUCAGAUAUAUCUGACAUGUACUGAACUUUCAAGGCUAAAGUAAAUUUUGCGUACGGUGAUAGAUAAUGUCCAACUGGAAUUCAACGUUUAUUGUCAAACUCGUUAAUUUUAGUGAACUUAGGUAAGUGAAUGUAUAUUGGCAUAUAUCGACAUUUUUUUUGCAACUCCGAGGGUAUGUAAAUCUCUUGUUCACGUCUAAUUCUAGUUUAGAUGAUUAUGAAGGUAGUUGAUUUCGAGAUUAGUAUAGUAAUUUCUCUAAAGACCCUGAGUUCGAUCUCUGGUAGAAUCAUGGGCAAAUAGUAUUAAAGGGUGUCCAAUUAAAACAAAAUAGCUGUCUAAGGUUUACGCAUUUUGAAUGGCUCCCUUAGAUGAAGUCCGUUCACGAUAGAGAUGAACUUUGUAGAUCGGUCAAUCUGAUAACCCAGACUAUCACAAAUUACAAAGAAUUCAUCAGUUACGGCGGUGAUUGCUUUUAUCUGAGUUAGAAUAAUUAACAGCUUGAAAUAUUUGAUUAUAGCCUUAAUCUGUUUUAGACAGACAGACAUUUCCAUAUAACAUUAAUCACUACUAGUAAUAUGUCUGAUGAUUCGUAAUAUAAAAUUAAUUUUUGAACUUUGACCUUGCUAACAAAUUAUAAUAUAUGAUUCAAAUGAUUAAACCUCGUUAAUUAUUCAUAUCAUUGUUAGUUUAAAGUGACAGGUAAUGUCGAUUGAUGUAAGAAACAUCUGCUUUUGUACUAUCCAUCCGGGUUUAUUAAAUCCACUUAUUUGAAGCAGUGAACAAUAAAUCAGUAAUUAAACAUCAGGUUGUUAAUGUGUAACUAUUUAAUCCGAAAAUAUAAUGUUAAUUUUUAACAGCUAUAUUAGAUGUAUAAUAAGAAUAAUUCUCUAAAAUAGUCUGCAUAUUAAUGAUAAAAAGUUAUAGUGAUAAUGAAUAAUAAUUGAAGAUUGUUUAAUUUCAAUGAUACUCUUUUAAAAAAGACAAAAGGUUCGCUAUAAAAUAAAACCAGAUUAUCAGGAAAUAUUAUCUUUAUGUUCAGGAUUUUCUACAAAUUGGCUUCGACCACCUAUCACCUAAAA